GUAGUCGUCAUCACGCACGAAGCAACAGGGAGCAGGGUAAGAUGAAUUUGAGGCGGAAUGAGACUCGAGCUUCUGGACACAACUGACCGUUAACUCAGUAAACCACGGCCCACGGUUCGAGCUCAGGUCAGUUUCUCACAGAUUUAAAGUCAUGUUUUGUCUUUCGUGAAAAAGAUGGAGUGUCUUUUUAAUUGACUUCCUUUUUUGGCUGAAGUUGGUGAAGGUGUACACGUUGACAGUUUGUUUACAAUGGUAUCCAUUCAUGAGUUCACUAAUGCUGCGUUGGCAGAGGGAGGUCAGGUAGAUGGAGGGGAGAUGAAGAUGGAUUUUGUUACUUAGACGCGACUUUUUGCGACUUUUUCGAUCGUUAAAAUAAGACGAAAUUAUCUGAAAUAGUUGCUACCAUUGAGUUUUGUCACAUGCCUCACAGUUUACCACAGUGACAGCAUACAAAUGGAUAUUUUCACAGUUAAAGUCAGUCCAUUUCCUAUUAUUUACUGUCUACAUCUGAACAGACCGUGGGCAGCCCCAAUAAUCUCAUUAACACCAGCACACAUGACUCUGCAGAGACAAAUCAAGUUAACUCUCCAGUAUCUGAAAAGACUUCAGACUGUGGUUCCGGAUCAGGUUCCGGUCUAAUGUGAUCUAGGGUGAAAAAAGCGAUUAAAUCAUCAGUUAUAACAUCUUAACAGAAGGAAAAGAGUUUUCACAAUCCUGAAGCGAAGUUUGACAGACUUUGGAGGAUCUCUUGAAUAGUUAAAGUCAUAUCUAAAGAGACCUGUUUCCAUCCUAUCCUGUGGUUCAUAGACCAAAAAAGGGCUAAAAUCGCUCUUUUACGCAUUUUCAGAAGCAGAAUAAAAGUUUUACAGAGUUUAAGAGAGACAGCAGUCUCUUAAGAACCAUUUAAAACCAGCUCUGAGAUGCUUAAGUAUUGAGAAUUUGGAUCAGGACUGGGUCUUCUGUGGUUCAGACAGACAAGACUGAGUUUUAAUGAGCCUCUAGUCUAGACCCAUAUAAAUAAUCUAGUCCAGAUCUGACAAAUCUAGGAUUCGUGCCUCUAGAUUAAGAUCUCACCUACAACAGCAGAAUCCCAAACUGUGAAUAAGGUGUUGACUUUAGAGUUGAAACUUCAAGACUUAAAAGUUUAGCCAGUUUAAUAAUGUUCAAGCAAGAAACCAGGUUUUUAGGUUGUUUUGUUUUUUUAAAUCUUAUUUUGAGCUUUGUCAAAUGAAAAAACUGAAAAAUCUCUCCAUGUCCUGACUUCAAUGAGAAACAAAAAUAUUACAAGCUAGAAAAAAGAGAGACACAGGAGUCAGAGUUAUUCCUCUAUAGAUAAGGAGCAACAUAAAGGCUGUACUUUUUAUCUAAGGGUCAGUAAGUUCAAUUUUAUGAAUAAGCGGAAGUGUUUUAUUUGGACUGUGAUGUAACUUCAAUAGAAUGACAUACUUUUUGGCCUUUAGACAAAUGCUGGUUCACACCCUCUGCCCUGAUAUUAGAUAUCCCCCCUCUCCACUUCACUCCUCACUGCUGUUAAGGGUCAUUUGGCUGUUAUUGUGGUCAGAGUAAAAAGCUUAAGUCUAACUCAGCAGCUGAGUUAGCUCAUUUUAUUUUGCCUCUCUGACUUCUUUCUCUUUGAAAUCUCCCCAGAUAAGAGCUCGACCAUGACUCUCGGCAAUGACUCCUACACGACAGCAGAAGAUGGAGUCGAGGGCGAUCAGACGCAGCCUCUCAUUCUGGAGAGAGUGGAGAAGGAAGGGAGCAGAAACUGGAGAUUGUCCGUCGCACACCGGCUGAAAAAAUGCUGCUCUUGUACCCCGGAGAGAGUCAGAUCCAAAGUACUUGGUUUUGCCCCGAUUCUGAAGUGGCUUCCUCAAUACCAGCUCAGGGAGUGGCUGCUGGGUGACCUAAUGUCUGGACUGAUUGUUGGGAUCCUAUUGGUCCCUCAGUCCAUAGCCUACUCCUUACUGGCCAGUCAGGACCCCAUUUAUGGUCUCUACACAUCAUUCUUCUCCUCCAUCAUCUACACCCUCUUGGGCACUUCCAAACACAUCUCAGUGGGGAUUUUUGGAGUGCUCUGCCUGCUCGUAGGUCAGGUGGUAGACAGGGAGUUAGCUUUGGCAGGGUACUUGACUGAAAGCAGCACUUUCAGUGGCAACAACAGCGGGAUUUGGUUGGCCAGCCAGGGGAAUGACAGCGUCGAGGUGGAGUGUGAUAGAAGCUGCUAUGCGAUCACAGUGGGAGCUACAGUCACCUUUACUGCUGGAGUUUACCAGGUGAGUGAGCAGGGCUGUCAUUUUUGAAGCUUGAGGGUAGGGCUGGGCGAUAUGGCCUGAACUAUGAUUUGGACAGAUGUUGCCAUAAUUUGUGAGGUUUUUAUUUUUUUCCCUUCUAUGUAAUUUGGGGAUUUUGAAUGUAAAGUUUGGGAGAAUAUCUCCACAGCACACAGAUGCAACAAAACAUGAUUUUUUGUUACCCUUUCUGGAAGCAUUGGACAAGAAAUCCGCACGAUCAGCAGGUUUUAAUUUUCUUUUUUUGACAUUGGAUCUUGGAGACCUUGAAGAGAACAAUGAAACCUAUUUUCAGUUAAUCAAAGAAAAAAAUCCCCAAAUCUUUUCAAACUCUUUAACAACAACCUCAGCUGCUGGAUGGGGAAUCUACUUAUCCAUCAAGUCCGAAUGGCUGCAAGCAAACUAGUUAGAAAUGAUGAUUUUAUUAAAAUUGAAGAAAACUGUUUCACCUAUCAUUUGUGUAUUGUCAAACAUUGAAUACCUUGUCCAUUAGGUGUCAAGUGUCCUGCUGUUUAACGUGCAGAUUCUCAUCUCUUUCCCUCAGGUAAUCAUGGGAAUCUUCCAGAUAGGCUUUGUCUCAGUCUAUCUCUCCGACUCUCUCCUGAGCGGCUUCGCUACAGGAGCCUCCCUGACGAUCCUCACCUCCCAAAUCAAAUACCUCCUGGGUCUAAAAAUCCCCAGACCUCAGGGCUGGUUCACUCUGUUCAAGACCUGGUACAGCAUCCUCAUCAACCUGGGAAACACCAACAUUUGUGACCUUGUGACAAGUUUGGUGUGUUUGCUGAUAUUAAUACCUACCAAGGAGUUAAAUGAUCGCUUCAAAGCCAAGCUAAAGGUAAAAAGACUAACUCUGAAUGUGUUUAAUUCAGUUAUUUCCUUUUGAUUUUAAAAUAAUCGUAGAAAUACAUCUUUUUAUUGUCCUUACCCAGGCUCCAAUCCCUUUCGAGCUUUUUGUGGUGAUAAUUGCGACGCUGGCGUCUCAUUUUGGCCACUUCAACGCUGAUUAUGGUUCAAGCGUAGCUGGUGACAUCCCCACUGGCUUCCUCCCUCCCAAAAUGCCCAUGUGGUCUCUGAUCCCUAACGUGGCAGUGGACGCCUUCUCCAUCGCCAUCGUGGGAUUCGCCAUCACUGUCUCUUUGUCCGAGAUGUUCGCCAAGAAGCACGGCUACACAGUGGACGCCAACCAGGAGAUGUACGCCAUUGGCUUCUGCAACAUCCUGCCAUCGUUCUUCCGCUGCUUCACCACCAGCGCCGCCCUGACAAAGACCCUGGUGAAGGAGUCAACAGGGUGCCAGACUCAGGUUUCUGGGCUGGUCACUGCUCUGGUCCUGCUGCUGGUGCUUCUUGUUAUUGCACCGCUCUUCUAUUCCCUUCAAAAGUGAGUACAACAAAGUCUUGAAUCAAGUGUCUGCCACUGUCAUUCCUUAUUUUGAUCCACUUCUAUCAGUGGGAGUCGGUUCUGAUGUCUGGAUGGUUAAAAAAAAACAACAACAAGGAUACCUGAUAAACUCAAAUUAAAUCAGCUUAUUUAGUAAUUUCACUUUUUUGGCCAAAAUGAUCAAAUCAAAGACAUUAUCAUCCACGUUUACUGGCUGGAGCAGAAUAAAUAAGAAAGUUUAACUGUGCUGUAAAUAAUGAUAAGUCAUGUGUGCACUAACUGCACAUUACGGUGUAACUGACGGGGGAACUUGUUGGGCCAGUUGACUCGCCCAAAAGCCUCAGAGGAAAGAAUUGUGUUGUAUCAUUUGUACUGUUUAACAUCAGUGGAACAAAUGUUGAGUAGUACAAUCAGUGUAAGGCAUAUGUAAACAUCACCAUACAAGUGAGAGGGAAGUGCAACUUCACGACUUCAAAUGAGCUAAAGCAAUAUUCAAUACAAGACAUAGAUUUCUGCAAAGCAUAGUUUCACAUUUAUUCAUUCAACUUAAAGUAUUUGUUUUUGAAUCAUAAUAAGUGAUAAAAAAAGCAGGUUUUUUGGUCAUAUUUAGUUACUUCAGCGUUGUAUUAAUGAAACUAUUUGUUGCCUUGAGCUGAAUGUGUUUGAUUUUGUAAUUCAUCCCUCAGAUUUGUGUUUUCACCUCAGGCUAUAGAGUUUAUAUACAAAUAGGUGUUGUGAUAUACAAUAAGAUACUUCAUUUAGCAUUGAGCUGAGUGACUCUGCUAUUUCCAUGUCUGUCCUCCUGCCAGACUUUUCUGCUCCAUGCAACUUCAUGUGUCCGUAUGGAGCUGUGCAGAGGGACUGUCAAAAAUAGACUAGGUACAUACUUAAACCGGCAGAGCAGGGUUCCCCUUUCUACUUACAGAGGUAAAACAUUAAUGAGAGUAACCAAGGUCACCUCCAGCAGCGUUACAUCACAUUUUUCUGUCAAAGCAUUGACGAAUACUCUGACAGGAAAGAGGAUUUUGGUGGAAAUUCAAACCCUGAAGUUGACAGAAGUCAAACAUGGAGUCUGUUGUAAUAACUUCCUCCCACGAGCCUGAAGGGAGGACUCUUGUUUGUCAAGUUCAGCAGCUUUCGCCUCCCACAGCAGUGAUUAUGUUCUGUUUUAUUGUCUGAUGUUUACCUUGUAUUUUGCCUGUUUUCUUUCUCCUGCCUCAGGUGUGUAUUAGCCGUCAUCAUUGUGGUCAAUCUUCGUGGAGCCCUACGAAAGUUCAUCGACAUUCCCCACAUGUGGCGUGUCAACCGUGUGGAUGCAGCCAUCUGGUUAAUCACUAUGGCCACCUCAGCGCUGGUCAACACAGAGCUGGGUCUUCUCGUGGGGGUUCUGGUGUCAGCCUUCUGCGUCCUGGGCCGAACCCAGCAGGCCCAGGUCCGGGAGCUCGGUCGUGCUGCAACGAGAGAGCACUACGAGGACCUGUCGUCUUACCACGGCCUUCGAAAACAUCCUGGAGUGGCUGUUUUUAGAUACAACGCUCCGAUUUAUUACGCCAACCAGAGCUUGUUUAAAAAAUCUCUUUACAGGUGUGUGGGGCUCGAUCCCGUGGAGGAGAAAACCCAGCGCAUCAGGUUCAACAAGAAAAACAAACAGCAUGGAGAAGUCAAAGAAGUCCCGAAUAUGAAAUCUGAGAAGGAGGCUGCAGGUAAAGAGGGUCAGCUGGAGGCCGGUGAGACUGUAACUUUGAUGCUGAAGAAUAAACCCCAUAACUUACGCAGCUUGGUGAUCGACUGCAGCAGCAUCUUGUUUUUAGAUACGGCUGGAGUCAACGCUCUGAAAGAGGUCCGUAAAGAUUAUGGAGAACUCGGGGUCAAGGUCGUCCUGGCUCAGUGUCGAGCUUCGGUUCUGGAUGAUCUGGAGAGAGGAGGAUACUAUGAUGAAAAAGGUCCUGACGGUGGAGAAAAUCAAAUAUUUUUUACUAUCGCUGAUGCCGUCCGCUAUCUCCAAAGCCUUUCAGCUCCAAAUGGAAACUAUGACAGCAAACUCUAAGAAGACAAACUGGACAAAAUAACGGUUCAUGCAUUAAAAGUAAUUUCUGUUUUUUGUGCCUUAUAAUCUCCUCCUGAUCGCUGAAUCUCUGCUGGAUGUAAUUCUGCUCCCUUCUUUAAUUGCAGCAGAGAUUUCUUUGUUUACGAGCUGGUAAAUGUUAAAACAUGUCCUCAGUUUGAAAAGAAAGCUUAAGUGCAAAAUACUUCUGGGAAGAAAAUUAUAUGAUGUAACUUUACAUCCUGAGUCAUUUUAAGAUUGAAGCUUUAAAACAUCCAUAUUUAGGUGGUACUGUGUAAUGUAAAAAUGUAUCACAGCUGUUAGAUUCUGUUGUUUUUCUGUUGCUCUUACCUACGAAUUUCAAUCCUUAGAAAAAUUGUUCAUUUUAAGACUUACUGUAUCUGUCAAAUAUUGAGAUAUCAACAAAAACUGAAACCUUCAGGUUGGAUCUGAGAGUUUACUGAAAGUUCAGGUUAGUUUGUGGAUUUAACUUGAAGUUAUCCGCUGACAGUGUGUUUUUCUAAAGCAAAAUUCUUAGCUCCAAAUCCCAAAUGCUGUUUUUAAAGUUUUUAUUUAGGAGUCUCAUUGUGCCUGCCAAAGAUUGUACUAUAACUUAUAGUAGCUUUCGACCCUGUUGUCUGUACUACCAACGAUAAUCGAGGGACGCGUUUAUUUUCCCCGUGGGAAAGUCUCGGUUCGGCAGAAAUCAGUAACUUCCACUGAUUGUUUACGACACAGCUUUAAAGGGUGAAGGGGGAAUGUUUUGCUCGCUGAAGCAGCAGUCGUGUUUCUGUUUUGUAGCAGUCAGUAUCCAAACCGCAGUGCCUUUUACUGUUCCUGUUUAGUGACUUCAGUACAUGCACACACACACACACACAGUGAAUGUUUUAGUUUCAGGUUCUGUGACACAUGAAUGUCAGUGACCUUUUAUAUUUACAACUAAUACAACUUUUGUUAUCUUCUAGAGAGCACAGCUGCUCAUGAUGCACUAUCCUCUCUUUUUACAGUAAAUUUCUGUCUUUUUUAUAUUUCAUUCGGAGAAACCGUGGCCGUGUUUUUAUGCGGGGAUCUCUUCAGCUCUGAUUGUUGUGCUGUGGUGAUUUUGAAAGCGGUUUGCAUGAACUCCAUCUGUCAAUGUUGUGCAGUGGUUUGAUAAACUUUGUACUCAGUCUUUGUUUACCGAAGGCGGCGCCAGUCCUGACUUUAGCCUUUGUAUUAGCUUAAUAAAUAUACGAUUGAUGAAUGAGGUCGGGGGUCUGGGGGGUUCAGAACAGUUUUGGUUGAGUGCCUCGUGAGAUUAACACCGAAGAAACUAUUUGAUUUAAUUCUGUUCAUUUUAAUGUUGAAUCAUGCGGAUCAGCCUGUUAUUACAUUUCUUUGUGUGAAAGAGAGCGGCUGGUAAAAUUACAGGCAGGAGUUUUAAAUGUUUGGAGCAGACAGGGUCUUCCAAUUGCUUGACACAAGAACUGAAACGAGUGUCUGAUGGAUUACACAGAACCUCAAACAUGCUGUUCAGUCGACCUACAGGAGGCAGCAAAGUCCUCACAUCUGUAAAGUUAAAGAUUCGAGAUUUCACACCAAAUUAUCUGCUUUGCACGUGUUGAUAAGUGAAUUGAUUAUUUUUUAAACAUUGUAAUGUAACCUGAUGCUAGUUUGUUUACAAGAUAACGUCACAGGAUAACACCCAAAGGCUUGAAGUGAAAAGACGAGAUGUUAUUUUGUUAUAAUUGUUUUCCUUUGAUGGAGGGUGUUCGAGGUUUUGGGAGGAGCAGCUUUAAACUCUUCAGGUGUUUACGAGUUGCAGAGUCUUCUUGGUUCAGGGCCAAUACCAUCACAAGGGACUGAACCAGAUCAUCAGAGUCAAGGACAGUCCAGAUUUAUUUCACUGUCCUGACGUAAGCCUUCGGUACGGUCCACUGACUGAACUUUGACUUAGAAAACAGAGUUUGUUUGAGGGAACACUCUGGAGUAAAACUAGAACUGGAGCCUCUCUUUCACACAAAAACAAAAGGACAAUGAUUUCCUGUAUCAUCGUUCUCGUCCCGUAUCCUGUACUUUUAUUAAGUUAUCAACAUUUGCAUUGUUGCUGAGGUUCUUAUUAAACUACCUUGUUACAUUUGCUGGAUGAAGAGCACUUAAACGAGUUAAAUCUUCACUUUUUUAUGCAGUAGCCAAAUAUUAGACAACUUUUUAAAUUAAGAGCUUUGCAGCUUUAUGUCGUAGAUUGUUGCAGUGUAUUAAUGUUUGCUUUCUUUUGUUGAUUUCAGUUUAUGUUUCAUUAAAACCAAAACUAUGAAGCUGCACAGACAGCUCCAGUAAACCUGAUUAUUUAGUAGAAGCUCAUUCCAAUAUCCUGUUAGUUUAAAAAGUGUAUUAUUAUAUAGAUAAAGUUUAUCUAAUAUGUAUAUAAAUAGCAACAUUAGAUUUGUUUGGUUUUACUGCUCAAGUAUGUUUAUUAUAUUUAGAAGAUGCUUUGCAGGAGUUUGAGUCGCUGCUUCAAAUCAAUAUGACGUUUGUAUGCAGUUUAAUACUGAUGAUGUGUCCAGUGAUGUGAAAGUGAUCCUACAUUGUUUCUCAUGAUUUGAAGGGUCAAUCAGAAGCAGUUCUUUUUACUGAAUUUAUUUUUUUGAACAUGUUUUUUUGUUAUCUAAAAGAUUCAGAUCUUCACUGUAAAUCCAGGUCUGUUCAUGUGUUCCAGUCAGUGACAGGAAGCAGCUUUGAGUGUUUGCUGAACAGAACCAGGGAGGCAAUCAGAUACUGCUCGGCAGGAAUGCUGUCCUACCCUGAGAGAAAUGUUCGGACUUGCUCUCUCUUUGCUUUUGUCUUCACUUGGUUUAAACCCCACCCCUUAUAUAACCAUCUUUACAGUUCAACUGAGAAGACUUCUUGAACCAGAGCUCAGGGAAGCUGCCAGUCAGCCCGUCCCACUUUCUAAAGACAAAGUUCAUGCUCACGUUCUGUAGCAGGUCCUCUCAGGAUGUCAGGACGGAAAGGCAUCACAUACUGUCAUUAUCACAUUAUCACAGCUUCUUCUUCUUCCUUUUGCGCAACAAAGAAAUGAGAUCAGCACUUUAAACUGUAGCUGGGUUUAAUCAGACAAUAAUUCACGUGUAAACGACGUACCAGUGAUGCUUUUGUCUUCAUCUUCAGUAUGAAUGACAGAUCUGUGCAUGUCCUCAAAAUGUUGAAUAACUUGGUAUGUUAGGUUGUAUUUCUUUGGAAGACUAGGCCAUGGGGAUAUGAGAGACCUUGUUCUAGUUUUGUAAGAUGUUUUGUAUGUUUUAUUGCCUUAACUGAAAUACUCUCUCUGCAAUAAAAUGGAGCAGUAUACAAUAUAUUCAGGGUCAGUUUUAUACGACUCUAUGAUACAGAGAUCAUAUAACAGUAAGGAAUAACUGUAAAAGUACAUUUCAUGACUCUGCAGAGGUUACCAGGUCCAAGAAGUUCAUGCAGUUUAAAUGACAGACUGGAAAUAUGUUUUUAUGUUUUUUCAGGUCAAAGAUUUAAGUACCUAGACCUUAAAAUGUUAUAAAUAUAUAUAUAAAUCCUCUUUAAGGUGAAGUAUCAGUUUGGAGAAAAUCUAUUUUUGUAGGUUUCUGCAGAAAACGGAUGUCCGGUAGUAUGACUCAUUUUCUGAGAAGCAGAAUCUCAUUUCCUGAUGUAAUCAAAGAUCUUUUCAGUCAUUCAACCAAAUACAAGCAUUUAUUUAUGACUGAUAAAUGAUGAAGCAGUUUUUGUAUCCAGGGCUUUUGGUUUAAUAAAGUGCUUCAGAAACUGACCACAUCCGUGUCUUUUUCCUGAAGGAGUGCCUUUUCAAAUACCUUUUGUCAACCAACAGUGUACCCGGCAAACAAAAGUUCUGACGUCUUCGUUUCCACUGAGAUCCUUUGUGAUGCAGCUACUUUUCUUAAUGCUCAGGAGGCUGAGGCUUCAAUCAAUUAUUUACCAUGAGCCUCCAACAGUCAAAGCCGUCUCAAACCACACAAAGCUCUGUUCACUUCAGUGCUGAAAUAUUUACUGAGAUGUUGGCACGCCUAACGCAGCAGAAUUCUGAAGCUGAACGUUUGCAGGUCAACAAAUACACAUAUCACACUUUAGGGACAUACUACAAUUUUGAGCACAUCAGAAAAUAUGGGAUGUUACGCUAUGGGAUUGAAUCAGGUGAAUCUUCCUCAUCAGUGGUAGUGUUUUCAUUUUGUCACCAGGGGGCAGAUUAGACCAGGAAAUAGUAGCGGAAUAAAAUGAUAUUGUGGCCCAGUGGGACUCUUGUUAUCUAUUUUAUUAAAUACUUCUGCAUUUUAACAAAGUUUUCAACAUAAAACUUUCUCUAAGUUAAUAAGUCAUGGGAAUUUCACACACAAAAACAAAAAUAUCUGGAGUAGUUGUAAAACUGGAGCAGAAAGAGGCUCCAAGUAAAGUUUAACAGGUAACAAGGUAACAGAUCUGUCAUAUUCACUGUUUAUGUCUCUGACUUUUUCAUUUUAAACAUAUCCAUGACAAAAAAAAAUGUAGACUUCUGAGAGGUGUACAACACACACACAAAAUCAAUCUUAUUUUCUUAUUUUAACCUCUAUUAAACAGAUAAAGUUUGUCAAGCUCUGGCAACAACAUCCUGUCUUCAUGAUGUACCAUCAAGCAACCACUAAGACAGAGCAGAUGUUCCCCAACUACCUGGCAACCUUCCCUCCCUUCCCGUUUUCCCGUGUCUUUUAGCCCCGCCCAUCUUCCCAAAAAGAUUGUAUUACAGAAUUUACAAAGUUUUGCCUUUGAUUCAUUACCGUUAAUAACUUAUUUAUAGCUACAAAUGAAAGUGUCUAUCCUGUCCGAAGUUUUAAAGUAGUUUUAAAACAAUCUGUUUUCAUUCAUUUGAUUCCACAGAGUCUCAUCUCUGCAACAGCAGGGGUGGUGCUCAUGGGAAAUGUAGUCUUCGUCCCAUUCAGACAGAGAAAAGAGACCAGAACUAACACAGUGUGAUAAUUUUCACACUGAUUUAAACUCUAGUCAAAGCUCAAAGAAUAAACUUGUUUAACUGGAGUAAUGAUUACAAUAGAUGGUUAAAAGGUCAGGAAGAGCAGCCAGUUUUACUCUGUUUUCAAAGUCAGGCCCAGUUCCAAAGUUAACAGAGCAAAAACUUACUGAGGCUUUUUAUGAAUAUGAAAUGGUGUUUAAAAAUACUGUUCCACCUUUUUCUAUUCUUAUAUCAUAAAUAAAGUAACUGGACAAUAACCAGAGUCACUGCUAUGAACUAACAUCUGGAUGUUCUCUUGGAGGUCUAAAAAACUAGUCCUGGAGGAUAUCUGCAGAGAAGUGUGGGAAGCAGACCUGAAUCAACCCAGUUUUACUCCUCAUGGGCAAAUUACAUUUUCUGGGAUGUGGUACCUGCACUGAUUGGUACAAAGUGGAAAAAAACUCUUGUCCAAAAAUUGUGCUACGCCACAAACCAAACUUUAUCUUACAGCCCUGAACAUUUUCACUCCAGAAAAGUCUCAGUCAGGUUUGUAGCUGCAGCCAAGCAUCCCUCUGUGUCCCUUUAUUUGCCCCAUUAUUCAUUCAGUUAGUCAUCAUUAGUGAGGUGACUCUCCCUCCAAUUAGCAGCACACUGAGAAGCAUCUAUUCUGCAUAAUAUUAAUUCUGCGCCGCGAUUGGACCCGCUUAAGUGGCCUACAGGGAGCUCAGAGGGACACACUGAUCCACAGUGAGCAGAUGGUGUGGAGGAGGCAGAGGGCAGCGACACACACGGACAAACUCACACUUGCAUGCGUGCACAAGUGACACAACUGCACAUUCUCGCACACAUGCAUGAUGACCCCUCUGAGCCCCGUCACAACCCCGAAGACCCGGUGUCAUCCAAUGAAUGAAAUUUAAUGGAUCAGUGGAUCAACUGGGGAUCAUUCAUGCACACGAACACACACACACACACGAUCAGUCCACCACCAGAGGCUGACCACACAUCAGCCAAAGAGAGGCUGUCAGCUGCCUUGGCUUGGCUCUGUGUUGAUGCCUGUGGGACAACAUUAAGAGUCAGGAAGGGAGAUCAACAUCAACCUCAGAGAUGUGUUGUUUGUUAAGUAAAGCUACUCCGAACUGCUGCAGGGGUCCGCUGAGACCUCGACGGUUUCAUAUUCAGGGCAGAAAGACGGUCUUACUGACAGGAAGUCCGUCCAUGAACCGCUCGUGUCCUUUAACGAGCGUUUAAUACUUCUGGGUCUUUUAUUGCUAAAUACACCCCACUGUCUGCUGUAAUGAAGACGCAAUAUUCAGAACUAUUAAACCUUUUAUUGUUCACUAACUACCAUCCAAUUAAACCACAAUCAGGGUCCGUUUUUACUGUGACUCCCAUCUCAUUAGAUCCUUUAUGAAGACCAUAAUGGUCUUCUUAAAGGAUCCAAUAAAUAUGAUGGAUUCACAAAGACCAAAUCUCAGUCACUGUUUCAUCACUUUUUGUUCCUGGACUGCUGUUGGAAAUUUAAAGGUGUUUUUGCACGGUCUUGAGUAUCUUGGUGGUAUUUUAAUGAUCCUGUUUUUGUGUUUGUUCUUCCAAACAUCAUAUCCUGAGUUCAAAAACUGGGAUAAGCCUUUACUUCUAGGUUUGAGAGACCCAAAGAUCUAGAAAAAAGCUGGAUUUUGUGAUACGUGUAAGCAUUGUCUCUUUUCUUAUUUCCUUUUUUCGUGAGCUGUAGUUCAUCUUCAUUCACAUUUCAAGGAGAAAAGAGUUUAACAGUUUAUUUCCUAAUACACGUUUCUCCUGAUGCAACUUUCUUUUAUCAACAUUAAUGACUUUAUCUUACUCCUUUAAAUUCAUUUGCACCAAUGGGAUACAGAGAAGCUAAUGUCAGCUAAACUUCAUUAAUAAAAAAACUUUCUUGACGGAUAUUUUGUUAUUAACACCAGCUAUGAGAGCAGAUUUCCAUUUUGCUGGAAGCUUGCCGUCUUCCUGUCAACUUUGUUGUCAAGAGCGAUGUCAGUUUACAAUCCUAAGAAGUAUUUAAAGAGUAUUUUCAGUCUGUGCUCUGUUGGCAAAGCUGCCUCAUGAAAGGAGACAAAACUGACAUGUAUGAAAAAGAUGAAACAAAAGAGAGAAAGGGUGUCGCUCACAUGCUGUGAAAGCCAACAAAGAGAUGUUCGUGUUUCUUUCUUCUCCACAAGACCUGAGUAAAGUUCCCGCUCCCAGCCCAUUAGAGUAAAACGUCUACAUAACCUAAACAACAUUCAAAUUAAAGCUCUGAAAGGUUCUGCACACUACAGCAGGCAUAACAACACAAAUGCACUGACAUUUAAGGCCUGAAUAUCCAACACAAGAAUCUCUGCUGCAACAAAUAAACAUCAGAUUUAAAGCGGCACGACUGAUGAUGCUGCACCAAACUACGAGAGUCAAAGUAGGAAAGAGAAAACACAUUUAGGAAAACUUUGUAAAGUGUAGAGAUGCACCGAAAUUCAGACCCCUAAGACUUUUAUCACCAAAAAAAGUCAGUGAGGAAAUGUUGUUUUUUAGAGGAUGGUGAGCUGAACAGUUUUAUGCCAACAAGAUGAACUUGUCUGGAGACUUGAUUGACCAUCAUUGUCCUUUUUUUCUGUGAUUUUAGACGCAUUUUGAGAUUUCUUGUGGCGUUUUCGCCUUUCAACUCCUUCAGCUGCUCACAUUGCUGGUAUUAAAUACGACAAAUGCACAGCAAAAUUCAACUAAGUCUCAAACUAAACAAUAAAUCUGGUAAGUUUUACUGAGUGAAAUAACUCAAUGGGAAGCACGCAUACAGAAUAGUCUGUUUCACAUUGACUGGACAGCCAAAUAAAUAUCCUUCACACGGGGAGAAAACUUCUAAGCAUGUCUUCGUGUUUCCUGCAUAAAGCUGUCAAACACCCUGCAUGUGCAGCUAUCAGUGACGGAGGAUGACCGACGGUUCUCAGAUCUUUCUUCUAACAUGCAGCUUCUAUCAGCAGCCCAAACCAAAGACUGUCAACCACACCAUAGAAAAAAAAAGCUCAUCUAUAGAUCUGUUAGAGCCUCUUCGUGACACCUUAAAUUUAGAAAAACUACUUCACGUAAAACCCAACGGGCUGACUCUGCGAGGAUGGCGAAGGAAAAACCUGAAGGUUUCAUUGGGAAAGAGAGAAUUUUACGGUGCAUUUUGUUCAGCCUUUGUCACAAAAACAUUAAAGAAGUGCUGAGUGGAAAAUCCUGCGGCCCAGGAGCAUCACUUUCAAUAAUCCUUUAAGCACAGCCCAAAUUACCUCUUUCUGCUUGGGUUGUUAAAACACUCGUCUAUCUGCUGAAAGUGGAGCAUUCAAGCCGGGUAUUGACUUUUUCUCACACGAUUUCUUUGAAUUAAAUGAUCCCGUCUGAGGGAGUUUUUCUUUUUUAAUCACACGUCUGCUACCUGUAGCAUGUCAAAAUGAAGAUUAUUCAUUUUUUACGAGCCGAUUUUCACACUUUUAUCUUCUUUUAGCAACAUUUAAAGAGCUUUCAAGGGCCAGGAGACAAACUGGAUUCAAAAGGGUUUACGUUUUAUAAUUGUUAGCUCUAUAAUAAUAAUAAAACUAGUUUGCCAGAAUAAUGAGUGGGUUCAAACUUAGCUGAGAAUGCAGGUGGCUGAUGGCAAACACAGGAGCUGGUAUAUGAGUCACGCUCGCUACCUCUAGCUGUCUGACUGUUGCACAAACAAUUCUUAACAGCCAACAUGUUGACAGAAAAAGUCUUGGAGGACACACUUAAGUACAAACUGCAGAAGAGAGAAAACUGAGCACUCACCAGUCAUGCAAUGUACUGGAGAAAACAGGGUAAUGGCCAUCAAUUCUAAAAUGUGAGUCAGGCUCUUCAGAUGAUUCAUCAGAGCAGCAGUGUUGGAGCAGUGUUUGGCUGGAGUUAUUUUUGUUAUC